AUGGCUUCUGACCCGCCAAAGCCCCAACCACAACAACUGUUCGUCAGAGCCGAUGAAGUGGACUCAGGGACGUCUAUACUCUCCCCGAGCAAUGAAGUCCCGCUGAGUGCACUGAGCCCUUCUGACGCUGGUCCUCCUGGUCCUCGACCUAAAGCGCCACCGCGGCCACUGCUACGGCGAGAAGGUUCAGCGCCGCCCCCUCCUCCACCGUCUCAGCCACCACCAGCUCCUCCCCCUCAUACUAGUACUGAUCCUACAGACUCUUUGAGCCUACCGCAGUUACGACAGUUAGUGGGACAGUUUCCGAAGACGGAACAGAGAGCAUAUGCCUUCCAGUAUCGAGACACCGACUCCUUUGAGUCCGAGAUCGACGAGUGGUUCCACUACACCGAACUAGAGCAAGAUCGUGAGUACCUUCUAGCAUCUCUGGAAGCGUUCGAGCAAAAAUGGAAGCACUUUUGCCAAUCUGAACAGCUUCCUGAAGAAGUGACCUGGAUCGAUGUGAACGAUGACCAGCGGGUCCAAUUCAUCUCGGAUCUGGUCCAGGAUCUGCAGCAUGGGGAUUAUUUGGCGCGUGUGGAAGCCCUGUCUUGUCUCUAUUUUGUCCUGACUGGCGCGUGGACUACCACCUCUGGCCUGGUGGACGAAGAGGCCGCGAGAGAAGACGGUGGUCAUCCGCAGACCGAAAAUGAUCGGGUCAAUGCUUCGCAGAUCCAGUGGAUGCACAAAGGAGCCGAUAUCGUCCAGAAAAGCUCUAUCAUACCACAUUUGUACUCCUGUUGGAUCAAGGCGGCCAGUGUCACCGAUUCAGCCCCUAAUCCGCCGAAUACAGAUGGAGACGAAAUAUACGACGGCGUCCUUGGCGAAAACGAAUACAGAGAACUCAGCUUAUGUCUGUCAUGCUUUUAUCUCUUGGUUGAAUCGGCCAGAGUACGGAUUGAGACGGAGUCUGGCCUGAGCAUACGCCAGACAAUUUCUUCCUUGCAGCCAAACUUUCUCGCAUUCCUCGUCAGCAUGAUUUCGCGCCUACGAUGGGACGACUCGUACAACAUACCCCUUAUGCAUGCACUGUUGCUCUUUUGGAAGAGUCUGCUUCUGGUGUUUGGCGACGUCACGAAGGACUUGGAACAAAUCAGAGAAAUAUUGCAGCCACGGGUUGAGCCAUUUUCAGCCGAAGCAGCCCAUCCGGUGCUCACCGCAUCUCCUCUCGAUUAUCAUAUGUUUCGACAGGAGAUCACGUCAAAGUACCCUGCGUAUAAUCCGCCCUUGCCUCUGAUACCCCUAGAGAUUGAUCAGAAAACGAUCCUGCCACCGCCGCCACAGGUCUCAAAAACAGAAGCUAUUCCUGGUGUUCCGGGGCAAGGCUUCGGCGCUGCAGGCACUCAUCGAUCUAUAUUCCAUCAACCUGUUCAUAUUGCCACGCCGGCCCCGUCACCUCCUCCCUCGCCUAUAGGGCCUGGGGGAAAAGCAGGCAAAAAGCAGAAUUAUCAAACCAACCAGAACUUUCCAUUUCUUUAUCCUCCCUCAGAUGGGUCAUGUGAUAUCACCGGUGGUAGAGGGUCCACAGAAUUGCAAGAUAUGCUGGCAGACAAAAAGUGGGAGAGCAACGAUGUACCUCGAUCCAUUGUCGAGGCAGGAGAAUUGUUCGCCAGUCGGAUGAGGAUGACGCGGGCCAUGCGUCAGCUCUGGCAGGAACGGGACUUGUUCAUGAAAUACGAGAGAGGUUGGACGGGCGACCUGUCACAUGUUCAGAACGCCGACAGUAAUGGGCUUCACUCAAAAGAAGAAGAAGAUAUUGACAGCUUGUCCGAUCCAGUGCUUCGAUCACGGAUGGAUGCUGUUGAAGACUUCUUUCGUGAAGCCCUACCAGACUUACAAUCGCUGGUUAUCGUCAUGAUGAAGGUCAUGCUCACAAAUGUCCAGGAUAUUGCACUGCGUAACGGGGGCUUUCAGGACCCAGCACAAGCAAGUGGGCUUAACCGCAGCAAAAUGAACGCCAACAUGACAACCAAUCAAUCACUACCUAUGCCACCUCCGCCUCCCCGGCCAGCAGAUAUGACAUUGGAAGACCUGGAUAACGUCCGAUCGCGGGAGAUCAGCCAAAAGGCAGUGUCUGGAGCAAUCUUUUUGAUGUUGAAGUGGUUCAAAAUGUCCCAUGUCUUGAAAUUCGAGUACCUUACUCAGUUGCUUCUGGAUUCAAACUACGUCCAGCUCACCCUGAAGUACUUUGCUCAUCAGAAUUUGGAGGAUCUAGUGGCCUUCAAGUACGACCGCGAUGAUCUGAGCUUCUGGCAUUAUUGUCAGGUCCAUUCGGAUCAUCCUCCACUUUCUCCCACAGGCCCAGACGAAAAGUCAGAAACGUCGAGUGUUGACGAAGCGAUGCCACCACCCAUCUCGCGCCAUCGGAGGUCUCCCACCGCCAAGUCUGAGUUGCAAGGAGCCGUUCCAGAACAAAAUGCAGCAGCACAAGAACAGGGAGCCGAAGCCCAGCGACCUUCAGUGGAUGAGCUCGGCAACCCCCUUGGACCUGUUCCCACAACCCCCAUCACGGAAUAUUCGUUUCGCCAAUUCCAAACGGCUAUUCAUCUCCUUCGAAUCCUACAGAAGGUCACUCGGGGCAAAUCGCAUCGCAUCUUGUUUCUCGUACAGUUCAAGUCGUCCCAAAUCCUUCGCCGCAUCUUACGUGUUCCGGACCCAACACUGAGGCUAUAUGUGCUGAAGCUGUUCAAGUCACAAGUGCCUUACUGCGGGAGGAAAUGGCGUCAAAGCAACAUGCGAGUCAUCACGGCCAUCUAUCUCCACUGCCGACCAGACUUGAGGGAUGAAUGGCUGGCAGGGAUGCACGAUGCCAAUGUCGAGGGGGAAGUCGACGAAGCCGUGCCUCUGGAAUGGGCACUGCGUGGGUUGACCUUUUGGUGGCAGAAACGCACUUAUCCGGGCAUGAUGAGGCGGAGAAAGAGAGGUGGAAAAGCCAAAACCAAGAAGAGUGAACCGGCACCCGCAUCCAAAUCAGCAGAAGCCGGCCUGGCCUCAAGAUUGGCCACAAUGGCAGAAAGUGCUGAGGUUGAUCUUGACAAUUUGGCCGAGGCUGAUAUUUCGGAACUGAAGCUCGACGACAACCUCAUAAAUGACGAUGUUGACGACCUUGAUGAUGAGGAGGAAGAUCAAGGAGGACAGGAGAUUGAAGACGAAGAGCGCGACUUUUUCCAGCGGGAACUCGACGCUCUGGGCUGGGGUCUGGCAGGAGUCCGACUCGCCGAGGGCUCUGAGGAUGUGGCAUUUGGCGAGGAGGCAUCAACGGGCGCUAACGGUGCUGGAGGGUAUCCUCUUGUCAAUGGGGGAACUAACUUUUCCAUGGGCUCGGAGCAUGUGGGGACUGCCGGGAUGGGUACUGGCACACCAUCAACGCCCAUCGUACCACAAGCGCAGUCACAACCACAGUCACAGCCGGCUCCUCAAUGGGUCAUGGCGGAUGCUGCUUCUUUGGAAACCUGGCAGAAUAGCUAG